AACACGAACUCCCUCCGCCAGCUGCUCUGUCAUGCGCUGAGAGGAGGGAGGGGAUCGUGUGGGGAUCGUGUGCAUCCUCUGUUCACUCUGCAUGUCACACUGCUAGCUGUCCCGUUACUACAUCGGGAAGGGGGAAUAACACCGAAGCUUUUACGCUCUGCCAUUUUGAGUGAAACCGGUCGACCUAAAAAAAGGGAUUUAAACUUCGACAAAAAGGAACUCACAAUGACCUGACUUGUAAAUCCAGGAAGAAGAAGGCCUUCAAGGCGGUGAGUGAUAAAGUUGUGGGAAAGGAAUCGCUGACUCGUCCCUGCUCACCAGACAGCCCUCGGCAUGUGUUCAAUGAAGAGCUCUAACUGGGUGACAUUUGAGGAUGACGGGUCACCUCCCCCGUUCCCCCAGAAGCCCUUGCAGUCGCCAGGGUCAAGAAAGGACUCGGUUCCCCGUCCGAAUGGUCUGAAGCUGGUCCUCCCGCCCGUAGGAGACUCUUCCUGGAGCUUCCCCCCUCUGGAGUCUCCUGCUGGGUUCUGCAGCCUGGAGGGGGGUGCCUGCGUGCCCUGCAACACGCCGCUCAGCACACCACUCAGCACGCCGCUCAGUGGACCCGCCUCCACCCUGAGCGGCCCCUGGGAACAGAACGACUUCUUCCGUAGCUUCUCCAGCUCCUCCACGGCCACCGGCCCCUCCCCAGGCCCUGAUGCCUCCUCCCCCCCGGCCUUGCCAGAGCCUUCAGAGGGCCUCCGUCCCUUCCCCGUCUUCCAGGGUGAGCCCGGACACUUCAACCCGUUCUGGGAGGGUGCAGGGACCUGCGUUGACUCCGGAAGCUCCUCCUCAGAUUCCGAGUCUGGCUCAAGCCUUCCGCGCUUUUUCAUCAGGACCAAGGACGGCCAGGAGCCCCAGAGAGACCUGCUGCAGAACUCCUACUCCUACAUCUGCCAUAAGCUGGAGGGCCUACGAGCAGAGGAGGAUCACGGAGUGGUGCGAGGAGAGGCCUGCAGGUCCGGGUGCAGAGAGGAAGAGGAGGGCCACAAGGGUCCGUCUCCCUUCAUCCCUCGGGGCCUGUUCCGCAGUCAGAGGCGGGACGGCUGGUCCUUGAUGCUGCGGAUACCAGAGAAGAAGAACCGCAUGUCAUCCCGACAGUGGGGCCCCAUCUACCUCAGGCUCCUCCCUGGUGGCAUCCUGCAGAUGUACUAUGAGAAAGGCCUGGAGAAGCCCUUCAAGGAGUUCCAGCUGCUCCCCCACUGCCAGCUGUCCAAGCUGAAGCUGGAAAGUUAUGGGGAGCCCCGCAAGAUCCUCACAGUGAAGGUGGAGCAUGUGUCCUACUCCGAGAAGAAGCGCUACCACCCCAAGCUGGAGCUGAGCCAUGAAACCGAAGCCGAGCAGCUGUUGAAGUUCGGCACCACGGACCACGCUGACAUGGAGGACCUCCUGGCUGCCAUGGAGGAGGAGCUGCUCCGGCUGCCGCCGCCGCUGCAGCGACGCCACCACGAGGAGCAGGAGCUUUCCCUGCACAUCACCGACCACGUCUGGCUGCAGCUGGACAAGGACGGGGUGCUGGUGGACCGAGCCACCUACACCCACGUCCACUGCCUGGCCUUCCUGAACGGAGCAGGCGACUGCUUCCUGGCACUGAACGACCAUGGCCUGUUGCGCUGCGACGCCAGCUAUGGCCCUGAGGAGGCCGAGGAUGCCUGGAUGGAGAUCUCCGAGUGGCACCUACACCGGUGUGUCAGCGAGCAGGAGUUCCAGAGGACACGGCUGUUGAAGUUCUGUCCUCCGGACGGCUGCAGGGUGGAGCUGCUGCGGUACCGGACCCUGUCCCCGGCCGGAGCCGACAUGCCCUUCUCCAUCAAGGCGUCGGUCACCGUGCAGGGAGCCUAUGUGGAGCUGCAGGCCUUCCUCAACAUGACAUCCUCCUGGCCGGCCGACGGGCCUCCGCUCUGCGAGGACGUCCAGGUGCGCGUGCCAGUGCCACCAGAGUGGGUCAAGGUGGCACGAACGGUGGCACUGCUGAGACAGAAGUCCCUUAAGGCCCGUAUGAACCGGAACGCCUGUCUGGGCUCAGUGAGCGCUGCAGACUCUCAACCAGUCAUUCAGGUGACGGUUGGCACGGUUAAGUACGAGAACGUCUACUCGGCCAUCGUUUGGAGGAUCGACAGGCUGCCUGUUAAGAACAUGGCGGUGGAGCACCCACACUCCCUCUCCUGCCGGCUGGAGCUGGGCUCGGACCAGGACGUGCCCAGAGACUGGUACCCCUACGCCUCCAUAGAGUACCAGGCAACCGGGGCCCUGGCAUCCCAGACCAGGGUGCGCUCGCUGGGCACCGAGAGUGACAUCCAGCCCCACAAACACGUGAUCAGUAGGACUCACUGUCACUGUCAGCCUAAACUCUACCUGUCCGUCAUUGACGACGUGAUUGAGAGUAUGCAGGAGAUAAUGGGAGACGAGGGGCUGGAGGACCGCGUCCUGGCCGAUUUAAGACAGUUAUGGGAGUCUAAAGUCAUGCAGUCUAAUGCGGUGGAGGGAUUUAAGGACACCCUCACCUCGUCUAACUUCCUGCUGCAGCUUCCAGCCAGCUUAGUACAACCUUCUAAUCCUCCCCCAUCCUCUAUCGUCAUCCCUGCAGGUCAGUGUGUCGGGAGUUUCACCACCAAGGACCUAUCCAACUCGGGCACCAUGGCAACCUUCUCCCUCCCUCCAGGGGUGAGCUACCCCAUCCAGAUACCUGCAGGGGUCACCCUCCAGACCGCCUCAGGUCAGCUGUACAAGGUGAACGUCCCGGUGAUGGUGACCCAGGCCCCCGGGGGGCCCCCUACCCGGCCCCCCCAGAGCGUUGUGGUGAGGAAGGAAGUGCCUCGGCCCCCCUCCCAGGCACCCCUCCCCCCUGCCCUCCGUCCCUCACUGCCCAUCAGAGCGGUGCCUCGGGGCCCUGAGGUGGAGCUCUGGAGGGCUGCAGGACACAACACCCAGCCUACACACAGGGGGGCCCUCUCCCAGCCUCAGACCCAGACUCAGGGGGCCCUCUCCCAGCCUUCACAUAGCCAACUGCCCCAGGGGGCCCUCUCCCAGCCCCAGGCCCCCCACCUGCUCUGGCCCCAGGCCUCCCACCUGCCCCAGGCCCAGCCCCUGGCCCCCCUCUCCCCUCCCAAGUACCAUGCCCAGGCUCCACAUGAGGAUUCCUCAGACAGCCCUUUCGAUGGAGAAUUCACCCUGGAGGGGAUAGAGUUCAGCCCCCAGCCUGUAGAUAUGUCUAUGUCCUCCUGCCUCUCAGGCCAGCUGGCUGAUUACCAGGGGUCAGAGUUCAGCAGCAUCAUGGAGGAGGUGGAGCAGAUGGUGAAGGAGGAGGAUGGUGCUGCCAGGGCAGGAGGGCUGAGUGAUGUGGAGGAGCUCCCUCACCACCCUGCCAAGGUGAGAGCACCUGGACAUCACCUCACCAGUCUGUCUCAACAUGCAGGCCGGCAUCUCAGUUCAGCAGUCCAUCCACAUCUUUCUCGCUCACUUUCUCCCCUCCCUCUCUGGCUCCCUAUUGUGGAUGUGUUGAGAGACUACAACUACAGCGACCUGUCAGACUUGAAGCUUGAGGAGGAUAGAGGGGUGAAGAUGGAAGAAGAGGAGGAAGGUAGAGAGGUGAUGGGAGAGAAUGAGUACCUGGGAAUAAUCAAUGCGGAAGCCCUGAAAGCUCUACAUGAGGCGGAGGGGAGCAGUGAUGACGACACCUCCCACUGUGACAGCGAUGGACUGGAGCUGGAGGAGGAGGACCCUCUGAACUCUGGAGAUGAUGUCAGUGAGCAGGACAUCCCCGACCUGUUUGACACCGACAACGUCAUUGUGUGCCAGUAUGACAAGAUCCACCGCAGUAAGAAUCGCUGGAAGUUCUACUUGAAGGAUGGGGUGAUGUGUUACAGAGGGAGGGACUACGUGUUCUCCAAGGCUGUGGGGGAGGCAGAAUGGUGAGGGGAAAGGGGUGUGCUGGGAGAGAGGCCUCAAGUCUGUAUUAAGUAAUGAAUGUUGCUAUGGUUACCAUGUUCAUCAAAUGUGGUAACCAAUGAGAAUGUGAAUGAUUGGAUAUAGAGUUCCAGUUAUGAUCCAGUUAGCCAGCACUGUGAAGUAGCUUUUGUUAAUGCUAUUUAUGUUUUCAGUUGUACAUUUAUUAAUCAUAUUUUCAUUUGUUAUGGAAAUCCUGUAAUAGUGCCUCUAUUAGAGUAACAUAAGAUUUAGUUUUGCGAUGUUGCAAACAUUUUGUUUUAAAGUGCUUUUUGUUUGUGGCCUGGUGAUGCAGGAUCCUCCAUGUGACUGCUCUGCCCACAUUAAAUAUCAAGUAUCUCAUCUUUUGUUGUGUUUUCUGUCGUAGCAGAUCCACUAUGAGCAGCAGGUCUACUUCACUCAGUGAUCUCA